GAUUCAAAAUUCGGAAAGUUAUAAUUAUGUCAAAAUAUUUCAUCAGACGAAGUGGGGAUUUCAAAGAUAUUUCAUAAUAUGCACAACAAUUUCAAUAUUGUGUAAUUGUAACAGCUAACUCUUAACCGGGCACGGUAAAGACACAUCUUUCAAAGUUCCUGACACAAAAUCAAUACUCAUAGUAUUGUGCUAUUUCAUUGUUGUUUGUACAGUUGAAAAUAUUAUUGUUUUUGUUACGUCAUUGUAAAUAGUUUGGCAGCGGUUUGGCUUGUGUACAAUUUGUUUAUUCACUUGAAUCGUGUUGGUGAGAGCAAUAGGUUUAAUGUGACCUUGAACCCAGAUCAAAACAGCUGUUAAGUACAAACAUGGAUUCGUUCUUCAGUCUCUUCGAUCCGUCAGAUGGAAACGCGAACAAACAGAAUAACAAGAAAAGACAUAAAAACGACCAAGAAAACGUAAGGAAGAACCCAGACGCACCCAAAGGGAGACGGAGAGGUCGCCGUUCCCAGGGGAAGAAUGAAACGCUACCAGAAGAAUCGUCGUUUUUGUGCGAACCGGAUCUCAGCACAGAGAUAUUAGUUAAGGACUACAGCUACAUUGAGAACUACAUCGAAGUGAAUAGAAGGGAUGAAGAUACAAAAGAAGACGAGAAGAAACCACGCAGAAGAAACUCAGGCCGAAAGAACAGACGCAAGAAGAACAAAAUAUCACCAGCGAAAGAUGUUCUAAGCACUGCGUGGCAGAACGGUCCACCAGAAGCACCAGAAACGUUAAACAAUCAGUCGUCAAUACCGAAGAUUUGCGACGAGAAAAUUGGCAAAAACGUCAACGAUUUGAAAUCAGAAGACGAUUUUAAGAAGAAUAAGAGGAAACCGUUCAAUGAUGAUGAGGAUGCGACGAGAAGUGGGACGAAGUUCGCUGAUCGCGUUUACAACGCUAUCGACAAGCUCGAGAAAGUGAGGAUCAAAGACGAUAUGUACCUAGCUGGUGACUUAAAUUCUGAGGACCUGGAGAGUGACUUCUUCUACAGCUCUGAUGACAUGGAGGAUUUCUGUGAUGACACGACAUCCGAUGCUGAUGACUCUGGCGACGAGUGCUACGGGAGUCUACCUCCGGAGCCUCGUUUCGGCAACGUCGAAUACAAAUUACAACUAGUUUCGCCGUGCGAGAGACGCUUCCAGCAUUUAGUGACACAGCUGAAGUGGCGCCUGCGGUCGGGCGGCGGCGCGGCGGUGUAUGUGGUGGGCGUGCGGGACUGCGGCGCGCUGCGGGGCCUGCGCGCUGGAGCCCUACGCGCCUCGCUGCGCGCGCUGCGGGACAUGGCGCGUGCGCUCGGCGCCGUGCUCGUGUCCGCCAGGGCGCGCCGCGUGGCGCCCGCGCGCGCCGUCGCCGAGGUGUACAUCCGCAAGUUAGCGGACACGCAACAGAGCGUCGAGCUGCGAGUUGCGGUGAUGGGAGCGAACGAAGCUGGCAAGUCGACACUUAUAGGCGUUUUAACUCAAGGUGAACUUGAUAACGGUAGAGGGAGCGCUCGUUUGAACAUGUUCAGACAUUUGCACGAAGUGAAAAGUGGGAGGACGUCUUCUCUCAGCCACGAGAUACUCGGCUUCGAUGCUCAGGGUAAUGUCGUCAACUACGGCUGCUCCGAGCUGAUGACGGCGGAGCGCAUCGGAGAACGGAGCGCCAAGCUGGUGUCGUUCCUGGACCUGGCGGGCCACAGCAAGUACCAGCGCACCACGCUGCACGGCCUCACGGGCUAUUCCCCGCACUACGCCAUGCUCGUUAUAUCGGCAACUGCGGGUAUUACUCGUAUCACCGAAGAACACAUCGGGCUGCUGCUCGCCUUAGACAUGCCGUUCUUCGCGGUUAUCAACAAGUGCGAACUCGUUAGCAACAUCAAUACUGUUGUUGCGAGGCUGGCGCAGUUGUUGGAACCCGCUAAUAAGAAACCUCUAUUAAUAACGGACGAAAACAUGGCGAGGAACUGCGUCGCGCCGCAGAAGUCAUUGUUAGAUACCAUAGACAGUGUAGACGAAGAGAUCAAAAAGGAGGAGGAGCGGGUGGCCGUGUUCCCGGUGAGCUGCGUGCGCGGCGCCGGCCUCAACGCGCUGCACGCGUGUCUGCUGGCGCUGCAGCCGCGCCGGGACCUGCUGCAGCGACCCGAGGACGAGGCGUGCGAGUUUCAAAUCGAUGAAAUAUUCCACGUGGGGGACUCGACGGGCCCCGUCGUGGGAGGCCUGCUCGCGCGAGGGCGGCUGUUCGAGGGCGACGAACUCAUCAUAGGUCCGCUGGAGUCCGGCGAGUUCGCGGAGAUCUCGGUGCGCACGAUAUACCGCAACCGCGUCCCGUGCGGCAGCGUGCGCGCGGGGCAGUCGGCGUCGCUCGGCCUGGGGCGCUUCCCGCCGGGCCUGCGGCAGGGCAUGGUGCUGCUGGCGCGCCCGGGGGGCUACGCCGCGGGACACGAGCGACCCACCUUCGGGGGCUGUCCGCCCGGGACCUGCAGAGGACGACAGAUAUCAGAACUGGUCCAAUCGUCGCAAAAUUCGGAGAAGAAUCGCAAGAACGCCAGGAGGCAGAACAAGAACAUCCUCCAGGACAUAGCCAACGCUAAGAACAGCCUCACCAAGAGCUCGGACACGAAGUGCGCGAACGUGUUCGUGGCGGACGACGACAAGUACGGCGCGCAGGGGCGCUGCGUGUGCGACGACUUGGUGUUCCUCGAAGACCCGAACGACCCUAGGGGCUGUAUAUACUUCCAGGCGUCCGUUCACGUGCUGAGACACUCGACGGCUAUAUAUCCCGGGUUCCAGUGCUCCGUGCACGUCGGUAACGUGCAGCAGACGGCUAUUAUCGAGGGCAUAAUGUCGCCGCACAGCGUGCUGCGCGCGGGCGAGACGGCGUCCGUGCUGUUCCGCUUCGCGCGCUGCCCCGAGUACCUCGUGCGCGGCCGCCGCCUGCUGUUCACGGCCGGCCUCGGCACCAGAGCCAUCGGCCGAGUCACCCAGACCUUCCCCUACAUACCAUGAAUUCUGUACUAAGCUCCAAUGUAAAAUUCGAGAUCUCUCUAGAAAAUUCUAGAUAAAUUAAAUAUAUUAAUUAUAUAUAAACAACCUUUUCUUGUCGUAUUAACAACAUGAUUGGGUGGGGAUGUUAGUAUUCUCCAUUUUAAAGUUUUUGCGAGAAACAUUCGGUCACGGAAUUAGUUUCGAUUGAAUAAAUAUCGGAAUUUCAACGUUUCUUAUAUGAAUCCCAUAUUUAAACCUCGUUGGUGAUAAAUUUAAACUAAUAUUAUAAACGCGUGAGUCAUGAGCGGAAACGUUUUGAGACGUUUUUUUAAUGUUUUAAUUUGAUCUGUGAAUACUGUGUCUGUUGCUCUUUCACGUUCAAAUCACUAAUCCGAAUUUGAAGUAAGCUUGAACUCCAAGGAACGACGUAGGCUAUUUUUUGGUCUAAAAUUUCUUAAAAGCGAGGGAAGGGAAAGGGGAAGAGUUUUCAAAUGUGCUCACAUUAUCUAAUAUAAUAUAAGAAACAUAGUCGAUGUUAAAGUUUUAUUAAGUAUAAAAUACAUUCAAAGCAUCUGUUCUUUUGAAUAGAAUAAUAUGGAAUAUAAAAAGCUUCUAUAUAUAACAAUCCAAAACUAAUAUUUAUGUACAAUACAGACAUACUUACAUACCAUUUUUAACUAAUAUAAAAUAUUUUAAUGGAUGCAUCGAGUAAGUGUUCUAUCACAACGAAUAUAACAUUGGAAACUAAUCCAAGAUCUAACUAUCUAUUUGAAAUUAAAAAAAGGGUGUUAAGAAUUAUAUUUAAAAAUAUAUAUAUUCUAAAACAUGAAAUUUUUACUUAUGUCAUUUUUCUUACCUACCUUUUCGUGACGUUAGUGCGACAGAUCAACUUAAUCUUAUCGUAUCUUAGUUAAAAUAUUAACUUAUUUGAAAGUUACUACACGCUAUGGGAUUGAAGUUUAAUCGCCUCGAUUGAAAAUUACACAGACAAUUUACAGAAUGGUAAAUUAUUUAAUAUCGGUCAUUAUAAUUCCAGAGGAGAAAAGAUAAACAAACCUUAGACGUAGAUUUUAUAACUCGGCUAUAUUGUGUACUACAAACAGUUCAUUAUUAAUAUAUCGCUAUUUAUAACACAACACUAUACCAUUUAACUACUUAUAGCCUAUUCCAAUUAAAAUUGGAAUAAAGAUAAACAAAAGAUUAACAUAAUUCAUGCUAUUUGCUAUAUUUUGCACUACUGAUAGUUUUUUUAUUAAUACAUAUUUACUUAUAAAAUAACACUAUUACACGUAACUACUUAUGUCUACUUUAAUUUUACUUUCAAAGUUCAGAUAACAUUUUCGUCGACGUUAAAAACUCAUUUUAUUACCAGAUCCAUGAUGAAUAUCACAAAUUAAUUAUUCUAGCUGUCGACCAAUGACAUCGCGUUAAUUCGCUGUCAAAUGUUGUUCAUUUGGCUCAUGUUCCCUUGUGGUUGGAAUAGACUAAACACUUUACAUUACUUACAAAGUACCGAUAACAACGUCGUUAUUUUGCCGCGAACUCGCAAUGAAUAUCACUGAUUAUUAAAAUCUCGACCAAUGAUAUCUGUAAUCAGUGUUGCUAAUAUUGGUUCACUCAAUAGAACAGGUUUAAACAUUGUCGCUUGCGCAAAAUGUAUUAAUUCUUUUAGAAACGAAUGUUUUUUUGCGGUACAGUCAAUAGUAACGGUAAUAUCAAUAGUAGCGCAUGGGGAGCCAUCGAUACUAUGACUUACGUUAUAAUAUUUUCUAAUAUACCGUAGUACAAACCGGGCUUAACAGUUACUAAUAAAAAUGUUGCCACAUUAAAAAUAUCUGACAAGUCAAUAAUUACUGCCUUAUAUUAUUUAUAUAUUCAAUAUUAUACAAUUUUAAUUUACAAAUUAUUUAAGUUAUAUUGUAUACCAAUUUAUAGGUUCAAAUUGAAUUAAGUUUAUUUUUUUUAGUUAAUUUUUAACAUGUGAACUUAAUUUAAUAUUGAAUUUAAUGUCUUUUUUUUUCUUUUAAUUCCGUUAAAAUUGGGUCAAGCGACAUUUCAAUUAAUUUGAAUGGAAUCUUGAAAUGAUUUUGCAAGAAUAAAAAAAAUGUAAAGCAACCGAUUCUGAAUGUAGAUUUUACCAAGAAACUGAAUAGUUACUUUAUUAUUCAAAUGAAAUUAUAUAUUAUAUAAUUGUUACAUAAAUAACUGUUCAUUACAAUAUAUAACCAUCUAAAAAGUUUAGUCAAGCCCCAAGUGCAAAUCUUUAAGAUUAAGUCUGUUUUUUUAUUUAUCUCUUACAAAUCAAAUACUACUUUUGUAUUAAGCCACGCUUAUAUGUUAGAAUCCAAUAAUAAAUUGCUACUAAUUUAAUACAAGUAUUUUAUAUGAUAAACAUUAUAUAUUAAUAAUAAAAAGAAUAUUAACAUAUUUCGUAAAUAUAUGCUUGAUGUUUUUAAUUACACAAACGUCACGACGCCAUUUUGAAAUUCUAAUUUUGGCGCGAUUAAUAUUAACACUACCUCUCGUAGUUUUCAUUUAGUAUUAAAUAUUGUAUAUUAAAGCUAAAUGAUUUAUUUAGUUCCUGUAAGUGGUUAUUAAUUGCGUUUUUUUAUUUAAUUAUACAUGUUAAUGUAACGUAACUACCAAUGAUCGGAAUAUUUCAUACUCAUUUAGCUUAAAUGAAUGACAUAACAAUGACUCAAAAAAUCAUCAAUUUAUUGAAGCAAUCUCCAUUUUUUAUCUGUGGUAUCAGAAAUAAUUAUACUAACUGAUUUUAUAACUAAGUAACUCUGUUUCUUAUUAAGCGAGUUGGACCCCAAGAAAGGACAUAGCCUGCCUUUUUAUACCUAAACCUAAACCCUAGUACCCUAACAGACGGCGAAAACUUGUAUUAAAUCAAUGUAAGGUAAUUGAGUUUCGUUUCGAUUUUAUUUUUUAAUUUACUUUAUAUGAUACUUAAAAUGCUUAAAGUAUUUUUGUUUAUAAAAACUAUGUAUUUAUUUACCAUCACUUGACUUAAGAAUAGAGGUUGUAACAACACUGUAAAUUUUAAGCAAGCUUAUACUUUAUUAUUAAAUCAUGUAAUAUUCCAAUCAGAGAUCAGUAUAAAUAAAAGUUAAAUUCCGUCUAUUACUAAACUUACUUACUAAAUAUGAAGAAGUUAGAAGAAUUUUUUAAACAAAAUUGUGAUUAUAUUUUACAUUUUUGUAUAUUUGUACAAAAUUCGUUUUAUCACUUCAUGAAAAUAAUAGUUCGUUAUUUUAAACGGCCAUUUUGAUGUCAUAAGAAAAUAAUGUUCUUCAUUAGGGCUCCCUGCAGAUAAAACAUAAUUUCUUUAAUAUAAUCUGUGUGUUCGACAGUUAUAAAAAAAAGCAUAAAUAGGCUGCCUAAUAACUCUAAUAAGUUUGGACAUUAAUUUGACGUGACACCAUUUUGAAAUUGUGACAUUUUUAAGGGCAUGUGACAAAAUUAAUUAUUAAUCUGUUGUUUUGUUUUGCUUUAUGUAAGUAAAAACAAUUCGAAGGAAAUUAUUUAUUAUAUACUUAUUAGAUAAAAUAAUACCUAUAAAAUAAGUCCUACUAAGAAAAUAUAUAACUUAUAAGUGAUUUUUUUCUAUAUUUACCCGUCUACCAACAAAUUUGUGUUUUAUCUGUAUAAAUCUAAGGCUCAUUUUAGCUUUACCCAUGUAAAAAUGUUUGAAAUUAAAAAAAAUACACUUCUAAUCCUGCAUACAAUAAAAGUCCUUAUUACAUAUCUAUUGAGUACAUAUUUUAUUAAAUCUGUAUGUCUCAAAUUAUCAAAAUAUUCUAAUUAAUUUAAUGUAAGAGUCGAAUGGUUGGCGAAUGAACCUAUUUGUGUUAUAGAAUGAAGUACGUGUGUGAUCUGUGGAAGUUCGCUUGCAUUAUUUAAAUUUGAGACAUGAGAAACUACUGAAAAUUGACAAAAAUAAACGACGUUUUAGGAAUAAAUCUUAGCUCAAUCAUUAUUAAAAAUUUGUCUGUUUUUUAAAUUUUGCUUUUAACUAAAUUGUGUGAUUUGGAGUUUAAAUAAAUUAAUUCAAUGUAUUUUACUAACUUAGAAACAUGCUGAGUAUUAAUAAUAAAAAAAAUGUAUUAAACUGUAUAAAUUAUUUCUUUCAAUAUUUAA